AUGGCUAGCAUCCCAACUGAACAAUGGGCACAAGUUGUCGAGAAGACCGGAGGACCAUGUGUCUACAAGAAAAUCCCAGUCCCAAAGCCAGGUCCAGAUGAGGUCCUCAUCAACAUCAAGUACUCCGGUGUCUGCCACACCGAUCUCCACGCCAUGAUGGGUGACUGGCCAUUGGCCACCAAGAUGCCGCUGGUCGGUGGUCACGAGGGUGCUGGUGUCAUCGUUGCCGUUGGUGACCUUGUUAAGGAUCUUAAGGUUGGAGAUUUGGCAGGUAUUAAGUGGUUGAAUGGUAGCUGCAUGUCUUGCAGCUACUGCCGCCAGGCCGACGAGCCUCUCUGCGGAACUCCAGAUCUCUCUGGCUAUACUGUUGACGGUACCUUCCAAGAAUACGCCAUUGGCAAGGCCGCCCAUGUCGCUCGUAUCCCACAAGGCACAGACCUCCAGGCUGUUGCCCCAGUUCUCUGUGCAGGUAUCACCGUCUACAAGGGCCUCAAGGAAUCUGGCAUCAAGCCCGGUCAGUACAUCGCCAUUGUUGGCGCUGGUGGUGGUCUUGGAUCCCUCGCUCUUCAAUACGCUAGGGCCAUGGGAUUGCAUGCAAUUGCUAUCGACGGUGGUGCUGAGAAGAAGCAACUCUGCAACGACGCCGGUGCCGUUGCAUACGUUGACUUCAUGACUAGCAAGGACUUAGUCGAGGAAGUCAAGGCUGCCACACCAGACGGCCUCGGACCACACGCCGUUCUCCUCCUCGCCGUCACCGAGAGACCAUUCCAGCAAGCUACACAAUACGUCCGCGCCCGUGGUACCGUCGUCUGCAUUGGUCUUCCCGCAAACGCAUUCCUAAAGGCUAGCGUUUUCGAUACCGUCACACGCAUGAUCAACAUCAAGGGGAGCUACGUCGGAAACCGACAAGACACCGCUGAAGCUAUUGAAUUCUAUAGCAGAGGUCUUAUCAAGGCCCCAUUCAAGGUCGUUGGGCUCAGCCAGCUAAAUGACAUCUACAAGCUGAUGCACGAGGGUAAAAUCGCCGGCCGAUAUGUCGUUGACACCGCCAAAUAA